AUGUCAAUAAAUGUCCGCUUCUUUUGGCUCCAGGUGGUCGCGAAGGUGGAUGAGGACAUGUGCGUCAAUUGUGGCAAAUGUUACAUGACCUGCAACGACUCCGGUUAUCAGGCCAUCACCUUCGACGCCAAGACACACUUCCCCUUCGUCACUGACGAAUGCACUGGCUGCUGUCUUUGCCAUUCCGUCUGUCCAAUUCCCGACUGCAUUACAAUGGUGGAGCGGCAGAUUCCCUAUGUUCCGAAUCGUGGCGUUCCACCGGGAACACAAUGCAACGAGGCUGAAAAGAAAAAUAGCACUCCAUACAUGCCCUGA